AUGCAGAUCAAAGCUCUUCUGUUCCUCUCGGCCUUUGCGCCUGUCGCAUUCGGUGCUGUCGCAGCUGAAGCUGCCACCACCCCAGCCAGCACCAAGACCCUAACUCUUGUGCCCUCCGGCUACACUCCUCCCCCUUCGUCAACCCCGACACCCACCUCGACACCCACGCCGACCUCCACCUCCACUGUGACUCCCACCUCCACCUCAACUCCCUCAUCUACCUGGACUCCCAAGUCCACCAGCACUCCUCUCUCCAGUGCAACUCUGUCAAAGGUCGCCAGCACCUCGACUCCUCUCAUCAAGGCCACUAGCGUCAUUGUCGCUACUGAGACCGCCGAGACCGGCACAGCCACUUCCACUCCUACUACCGGUGCUGCCGCUCACCAACUCCCUGGUGCCAUGGCUGGUGUCUUCGCCAUUGCGGGUCUCCUUUUGAUCUAA